AUGAAAAUUACUUUACCUAUAAAAAGAUUGAUCCCUUUAAGCAUUGAACAGCGUGGAAUAGACUGCCUUCACCUACAACUGUAUCGCGACCCCAAGGACAGAUACAAGAAGGGCCAAACUAAGGCAUCCCUGUCACUCCAACACUUCUUGGGCUUUGAAUCUGGGUUCACCUUAGACAAGGAGUCAAACACCAUUGCUAUAAUAUGCCAAGACGUGAUCGUUGUUUUGGCAUUUGAAUCCAGAGAGAGGUUAAUCGCGUGGCAAGUUAAAGUGGGCUCUCUGCUCGGCUCCCCAAAACAGUAUCUUGUGAUGAUCGGUAAUGGAGGGUCAAAGAAAUUGCCUGCGGGACCAGCAAGACUGCAUUUGGAGGGCCGGAAGUUUACGCUAACCUCUGGUGUCCCGCCUAGAGUGCUCGGAAUUUGGGAGCUAGCUCAUUUAAGGCGCUAUGGCGUUGUGGAAGGUCGAUUUUGUUUUGAGGGUGGGUCUCGCUGCGGCAAAGGCGAAGGCCUGCAUCUGCUUAUUACAGACCAAGCACAGGACAUCACGGAUGCCUUCGACCAGGCCGCGCAGUCCAGCGUGUCCACACCCAAACCGAAACGUGGAAAUACAGGUUUUGAAAGAACCAGACCGAAUACACGUUUGUCAGAAAUGAAUACUCAACCUUUUGACCAUUCUAUGCCAGACUCAGCAAGUGCUCUUUACGAAGAGAACUAUUUUGGUGAGGAAUGUGGAGAGAGCCCUUCAUUUUGGCCUUCAGAUGAAAGACGAGGCUUACAACAAUCUGAGUUCAGAGCCGAUCGAGGUGAAGCUCCCAAAGCUCCCUGGAACGGGGCUGAUCAUAUUACCCUGGAACGAUGCAGCAACUGUCAGUCAAAACUUGGUGCAGUGUCUCGAUUAUCUACCGUAGCGUUGACUCCAGGAACUAAUUUUCAACCCGAGUGGACUAUGGAGGCAGUACCGGGCAGUAGUUCAGACAAUUCGUCAAGUAGCACCGAGUACUUGACCCCUAGAGACGUGAAAAAUAAUUUAAAUACAUGUAACUGCAAAGAUCGACCUCCAGACAGACCCCCAAAACCGGCACAUUUUGAUCAGAAACGACCUCCAGCUCUUUUGCCGCAACAACCAUCUCAUAAUUAUUUUAAGGAUGAAGAUGUUCUUGUACAUAAUCCCAAAGUGGGCCCCUAUGAAAACUAUGAUGUUCCUAAAAACUUGCAUUCUGACAUUGAUAAUGUGGAGUAUUAUGAUACACCAAAGAAAAUUAAACAAGCCUUGUCGGAGGAUUUAUUCCAAGUAACUCAAACGUCCUCACCGGAUUCCUUAGUGCUGAAGAAACAAUGUGGUUGUUUACUCAAAUUUGGUUCAAAGAAAAAACCAGUGAUCAUAGAUUGCGACGACAGUUUACGACCCGUGGACUGUCCUUGUCAGAAGGUUACUAAUUGGGCAAAUAGUCUGAUUGGCCUGCCGUACUGCAAUCGCAGUUCUAGCAACGAAAACUUAAACCCCGCGGAAUCGGCUCGUAGCAGUGACGAAGGAGCUCUAUAUGCAACCGUUGACGUUUCUAGGAAAACUAAUCGCCAAAGUACAUCUACUAGUAAAGACUCUGAUGAAUCUUACGAGCAUAUUGCCACGAAUUAUCAAAAUAUGGAUAUGAGUGAUGAAAAAGAAUGCGAAGGCCCUUACGGAAACUACGAGAACUUAGAAUUUGCUCUAUCUUUAGAGUACUAUGAAAAUGCAAAAGAUUUGUUAAAAAAAGCAGGAGUAACCCAAAGCGAACUUGAUGCCUUAAGUGCGAACAUUAAUAUUGCAUCAAAAACUGUCCCUAAAAAACAAAACCUCUGCUUGAAGUGUGGCCAUAACCAGUCUUCAAAAGGUGGACUACAUAAUACAAGGACAAAAUGUGAUGAAUACUUGCUUAUGGAACCACCAAAAGAAUCCAAAAUCGAGGUUCCCUGUAGAGAGAAUGGAUCAAAUCCUGGCUAUACUCCUAUGGUACCCAAUCCAAAUUGGUCACAAAGUUUGAAACACCCUUCACAGAAGAUGGAGCGUGUGGAAAUAGAAAAAAGUCUAAGCAUUCCCACCCUUAAUGGCAAUUCAAUGCAUGAUAAUAGUUCAGGUAGUAGCCAAAUCACCAAAGAAGCAAUGCAAAAACGUUCAUGUUCUGUCGAUUCUGCCCCUCUUCUUGAAGAUUUAAAAGAAUAUGACACCAGUAUAGGAAGUCACUUGACUUCAUCUUCAUUGGAAACACUGAGAAAUUUGGCUUUAGAAAACAGACUAACUUCACCGUGCCACAACGAUAGGGAUUGUUAUGACUGCUGUAAGUCAUCUGGAUCAGAUAAUAAGACCUCAGAUGACAGCUCUACAAAAGAUAUCCCACAUUUACGAAAUAAACAUAUAGAUAAUGCCCAAAUCAAGAGAUCGUCGAGCGUCCCCUGCAAAGGUGGCAAUAGAGAUUCGUCGAGUUCCAAUGACUCUGGAGUAUCAAGUUGCUCUAUGAAACAUGCUGUUGAAUAUCAAGAUUUUGAAAUGCCCCUUACAUCAAACCAGUCGCGAUAUCAUUACAUGGCGCAGAAAAGACUACGAGGCGGUAUUACUAGUGUCCAUUCAUCUCUGCCAAGAAAAUCAAAGUCAUCCGAUCCACUUCGUGACAUGUCAAUUCAAAUCCACAAGGCAAAUAUACGCGCGAAAUCCUCGUCUGCGGAGGCUGAAGUACCAGUUUUACCGCCAAAACAGUUUAAAGGUAUAGUCGAUACGCAUAGUACGUCAAGUGGAACCUCAGACAUGUCGGACUACAUUGAAACUCUUUCUUUAACCUCCUCUCAAUCGUCUUCAGAUACGCAAUCAGGUGUCAGGAUCAAUCGUCAGCCUACGAACACGUUGAGGCCUCGUUCCGGCAAAGAAUACCACAACAUAGACCCCAUCAUAACAUCCAUGUUUAAGAACAGUAAAGACCUGGCCAACUACUCUAACUUGCUCUAG